GAAUUCCACCCCUUUCAACCCAUUCCACAGUGAUCUAUUAAUUACUCAAACACCAUUUUGUGUUGUUGAGUUAACUUUGAAAAUAUUUCACACAUUUUACCAAAACCCUUUUCAGACUUUAAAAUUUUCAAAAUGUAACAUACACACCUGAUAAUAUGUAAAAAAUACAAUUUAAACCUGUUAUUAUUAGUGUUGAAUCAUUAUCAUAAAUUUUAUCAUAAUAAAUAAAGUUUUGGACUAAUGAUUUCGGUGUUUAAUUUAGAGGAAACUUGUUUGGAAACGCCUAAAAGAUUAAAAGGUGAAAAAGAAGACUCACAUUUAAUCGUAACCGGCACUAUCGAUGACCCAAUUUACGUUUCAAGCGAUAAUUCUAAAACUACUACUCCAACACAGACACCAACUCAUUCUCCAACACAUGCUCCGAUACAGUUAAUUAAUAGUCCAACUAAUAAUCUAGAGAUAUCAAAAUUAACACCCAUAAAUACGCCGAAGACAAAUAAAAGAGUGGAAUCGUAUUAUAAACACAAGUUCUUGUUAAAGUUAAGGAAGAAGCAGUAUGAUAAUAAUUUCGACUUAGGGCUUUAUUUUCUGGUCAGGUUUGGUGGUCCAAAAUCAUCAAUGGGUGCUUCAAUUUUAAUGGAUGACGAGUUAUUGGAGUGUUCUGAGCUCUCAAAGUUCAGGGAUAAGAGAGACUUGAAUGAAUGGUUUGAUUUUCAGUAUAAAAGUUUAUACAAAAAUUUAAGGAAACGGUUGGAUUUUUCUAAUUUACCUCUAUCCCAAGUGAAUAAGAGGUUAUCUAGAGAACUUCCUAGAAAACGGUGGUUCACAAGAGAAAAACUAUAUAACAAAGCCAUUGAACAGGAGAAUUGGAACCCCUUCUCAAUCUUCGGUUCAUCACUUCCAUAUGUUAGUCUCAAUGACGUAUUCAAUCUCGAAUCCAGUAAAAACUACGUAAUAGGCUCUCUUAAGCACUUUCUCAUCAAUAAUACUAUUAACACAAAUAAUGGUACUAAUACGAAUGGCAAUAAUACAGAUAAUGAAGACGAAAGACUAUUUAAUUAUUUGAGCGAGAAGUGGAGAAAUGAGUCGCGGAAGGUGACGGAUUGGAACAGGGAUCCCCUUUUGACAUCUGAGGUUUUAUGGUACAUAAAUGCAACAAAUAAAUAUUUGGACAAAUCGCAAAAUGUGUGUAUUCUUCAAAAAUGCUUCUGUGUAACACCUGACCCGAAUAUAAGGUUUAACUGGAAUGAUCCUCGGUGUUCAGUCUGGAGGAAUUAUGACGGUCCAAGACCCUCAAUGGGUGAAAUUCUGGCCAGCUCAAACUACAAAAACAGCUUAGAAAGGUUUAACACUAUCAAGGCCAGAGCAGAGCAGUCGAAUCAUAUUUCACAAGAAGAUGAUAUCAAACUCAAACAUUACUACAACUAUUUCAAUCUCAAUCAUUACUAA